GCAUAUCAUAUAUAAAUUAAUCAGUGAGGUGAAAAUAAAAAAAAUAAAAACCGCUAAAAAAACAUUAAUAACAAUCAUUUAAUGCCUCUUCAAACAGUGAACCCAGAGCCCCGUAGGUCCUUGCGAUAAUAGGACCCUAUUUAAGGGCAUGGAGUAACAUCUUUCAAAUCUUUUCUAAACAAAACAAAAAAAAGUUUUAAAAAAUUAAAGUAGUUGAAAGUUCUAAAACUAAUUAAAGCAAUAUAAAUUUUUUUCCCACUUCCUGGUCAAGAAAAGGUUGCACGAAGUAAAUAUGAGCUAUUUUCCAUUCAUAAUUUUUACAUUUUUUUUCCCUAUUCUGUGUUAUGAGCUUUAAUUUUUAAGUAAAAAUCGUGAUCAUAUUAAAUAAAUAACUUUGCGUUUCGAGACAGAACAUUACAUAAUGCUUUAAUAACAAUAGGUAUAAGAUUCACCGUAGAAGAUGUAUUUGAAUUUAAAAAAACAACUAACUUUUCCAGCAAGUAAAAUACACGUUCAAUCUGACAAUCAUCAAACCAGAGAAGCAUGUUCGGUUUUAUUUUGUUGCAUGCACAGUUUCGAAGAGCGAAGGAAAUUUUUUUUUCCUUUUCUAUGCAGCUGAGAAUUUUCAGUAUUUUAAUUUGGUUCAUAAUUUGCUGAACGAUGGAGAUAAAAUUUAUAUUUAAAUGGUAUUUUGACUACUCUUGCAUUUUGGAAUGUCUAACAGGAUCUUGUGUAUUUAAAUGUGAGAAAGUCCAGAACUAUAUCAGCAAUGAUGACAAGAGCAUGACAAGAGAAAAGGAAAAUCUACAGUCUUACACAUGGAUGUAUACAGAAGAAACACCAGGUCAAAAUGAAUGGGAUAUAAUUUACAAAACAUGCAGCAGUAAUUAUCAGUCGCCAGUAGACAUUGAUACGGACACCACCUUCAAAAGUGAGAGGAUAAAAUGCAUUCGCUUCAUAAAUUUUGACUUCCUAUUACGUGAACCUAGACUUUUAAACAAUGGACGAACAGUUGAAAUUAAGUGCAGUAACAAAAGGAGCUUUGCCAUAAAAGAGGGUGGACUAGAUGAUACCUUUCUGUUCCGGCAACUUCAUUUCCAUUGGGGUAUCUCGGAUAGUGAUGGUUCUGAGCAUCGAAUUAAUGGAAUUCAAUUUCCUUUGGAGACUCACUUGGUUUUUGAAAGUCUGAAAAAUACUACGAAUGGAGGAAAGACACUAGCAGUUUUGGCUAUCUUUUUCAAGAUUUCAGCUGAAAAAAACGUUAUUUUGGAUCCUAUAUUCAGAACUUUGACGAAGAUUCGUAAUGUUGAGGACGAAGAGCCAAUUUUAAGCAAACUCCGCUUACGUGACCUCCUACCAAGGAAUACCAAGAAAUACUUUCGGUACGAGGGUUCUUUGACAACACCACCUUGUACAGAAGGAGUCGUAUGGACUGUUUUUUCGGAGACUUUAUCAUUAUCUAAAGAACAGAUGGAAAAAUUUCGACAAUUGCACCUCAUUGGCCAGACUUCUCAUAAUUUAUCUUUCAACCAUCGCCCAGUGCAAAAACUUAAUAAUAGAAUAAUUUUAGAGUCAAAAUCUAUUUCGAACUGAGACAAUAAAAACUGCUGUUAUAUUGUUU